ACAAAGUAAAAGAAAAACACGCCCAAACAGUCACAACCCCAUUGGAGCAUUACCCGCCGCACUAUCCCUCUCCACUGUAAAACCCUCUUCCAUCUCCAUUUCCACUGCAAAAACCCUCAUCCCUCUCUCUCUCUUCUCUCUCUUUCUCUCUAUCCACAAUGGAAGACGUCUGCGAAGGCAAGGACUUCUCCUUUCCCAAAAACGAGGAGAAAAUUCUCCACUUAUGGUCCGAAAUCAAGGCCUUCGAGACCCAGUUGGCUCGCACCAAAGAUUACCCAGAAUACAUAUUCUACGACGGCCCGCCAUUCGCCACCGGACUACCCCACUAUGGCCACAUCUUGGCCGGAACGAUUAAGGACAUUGUCACUAGGUACCACACCAUGACCGGCCACCACGUCACCCGCCGAUUCGGCUGGGAUUGCCAUGGCCUCCCCGUCGAGAAUGAAAUCGAUAAGAAGCUUGGGAUCAAGCGCAGGGAGGACGUGUUGAAGUUCGGUAUUGAUAAGUACAAUGAGGAGUGUAGGAGUAUUGUUACAAGAUACGUGGAGGAGUGGGAGAAGAUUGUGACUCGUACUGGGCGGUGGAUUGAUUUCAAGGAUGAUUAUAAGACUAUGGAUUUGAAGUUCAUGGAGAGUGUUUGGUGGGUUUUUGCUCAGCUUUUUGAGAGGGGUCUUGUGUAUAAAGGUUUCAAGGUCAUGCCAUACAGCACUGGUUGCAAGACGCCACUGUCUAACUUUGAGGCUAGCCAAGAAUAUAGGGAUGUGCCUGAUCCUGAAAUAAUGGUGACUUUUCCAAUUGUUGGUGAUCCACAUAAUGCAGCUCUUGUGGCUUGGACAACAACUCCAUGGACACUCCCGAGUAAUCUAGCGCUUUGUGUAAAUGCAAAUUUUACCUAUGUGAAGGUUAGCAACAAAUAUUCUGGAAAAAUAUUUGUAGUUGCUGAAUCUCGUUUGUCUGGACUCCCUAGCUUGAAACCGAAAACAAAUGUAGCAAAUGGAUCUGUUGAUACUUCAAAGAAAUCAAAUUCUAAAAGCAAGGGAUCCUCAGAUGAGAAGAAGGAUAAUGUGGAUGAUAAAUCAUCGAAAAGCAAGGGAUCUGUUGAUACUUCAAAGAAAUCAAAUUCUAAAAGCAAAGGAUCCUCAGCUGAGAAGAAGGAUAAUAUAGAUGAUUCUUAUGAGGUUUUGGAGAGAUUCUUGGGUGCUUCACUGGUGGGAGUGAAGUAUGAACCACUGUUCAAUUACUUUCCAGAGUUGUCUGAUGUAGCGUUCAGAGUUGUGGCAGAUAACUACGUUACUGAUGACAGUGGUACUGGAAUUGUUCAUUGUGCUCCUGCAUUUGGUGAAGAUGACUAUCGUGUUUGUAGUGAAAAUGAGAUCAUUAGAAAGGGAGAGAACCUGAUUGUAGCAGUUGAUGAUGAUGGCUGCUUUACCGAGAAAAUUACUGACUUUAGCGGGUGCUAUGUGAAGGAUGCAGAUAAAGAUAUUAUUGAAUCAGUAAAGGUGAAAGGAAGACUCGUCAAGACUGGAACAUUUACCCAUUCUUAUCCAUUUUGCCCAAGAUCUAAAACUCCUCUGAUUUACAGAGCUGUUCCAAGCUGGUUUGUUCGGGUGGAACAGUUGAAAGACCAAUUGUUAGAAAACAACAAGCAAACGUACUGGGUUCCAGAUUUUGUGAAGGAAAAACGAUUUCACAAUUGGCUGGAAAAUGCCAGAGAUUGGGCAAUUAGUCGAAGUAGAUUCUGGGGCACUCCUCUUCCUUUGUGGAUUAGUGAGGAUGGCGAGGAAAUAAUUGUGAUGGAUUCUAUUCAGAAAUUUGAAAAGCUUUCUGGGGUUAAGAUAUUUGAUCUGCACCGCCACAACAUCGAUCAUAUCACAAUUCCAUCUAGUCGAGGUCCUGAAUUUGGUGUUCUUCAUCGCGUAGAUGAUGUGUUUGAUUGUUGGUUCGAGAGUGGGUCCAUGCCUUAUGCUUAUAUCCACUAUCCAUUUGAAAAUGUAGAACUCUUUGAGAAAAAUUUUCCAGGGCAUUUUGUGGCCGAAGGUCUUGAUCAGACUCGAGGAUGGUUCUACACUCUAAUGGUGUUAUCUACUGCUUUAUUUGGGAAACCUGCAUUUAGGAAUCUCAUUUGCAAUGGGCUUGUCUUGGCUGAGGAUGGUAAAAAAAUGAGUAAAAGUCUACAAAACUAUCCUUCGCCAAUGGGUGUUAUUGAUGAUUAUGGGGCUGAUGCAUUACGAUUAUAUCUCAUAAAUUCUCCAGUUGUACGUGCAGAACCAUUGCGUUUUAAGAGGGAAGGAGUUUAUGGUGUUGUAAAGGAUGUGUUUCUUCCAUGGUACAACGCAUAUAGGUUUCUUGUUCAGAAUGCAAAGAGACUUGAAGUUGAGGGGUCUGCACCAUUUGUCCCCAUUGAUCCAACCACCCUUCAGAAGUCAUCUAAUGUGCUUGAUCAGUGGAUCAACUCAGCUACAGAGAGUCUUGUUUAUUUUGUCCGCCAAGAGAUGAGUGGUUAUCGACUUUACACAGUGGUGCCAUAUCUUUUGAAGUUUCUUGACAACCUGACAAAUAUAUAUGUGAGGUUCAACCGCAAGAGACUAAAAGGUCGUACUGGAGAAGAAGACUGUAGGACAGCACUCUCUACUCUUUUUAAUGUUCUUGUUCUUUCAUGUAAAGUUAUGGCACCAUUUACACCAUUCUUCACAGAGGUUCUUUAUCAGAAUAUGCGAAAAGUUUCCAAUGAGGCAGAGGAAAGCAUUCAUUAUUGCACUUUUCCUCUUGCAGGAGGAGAGAGGGAUGAGCGAAUUGAGAAAAGUGUUACAAGGAUGAUGACUAUUAUUGAUCUUGCCCGUAACAUUCGUGAGCGUCACAAUAAGCCUCUCAAGACACCAUUAAGGGAGAUGGUCAUAGUUCAUCCUGAUUCGGACUUUCUAGAUGAUAUUGCUGGAAAGCUAAGAGAGUAUGUGCUAGAGGAGCUCAAUGUUCGGUCACUUGUCCCAUGCAAUGAUACUUUAAAAUAUGCCUCUUUACAAGCAGAGCCUGAUUUUAGUGUACUAGGUAGGCGGCUUGGAAAAGAUAUGGGAAAAGUUGCUGCAGCUGUAAAAAGGAUGACCCAUGAAGAAAUAUUGGCUUUUGAGAAAGAUGGAAAAGUUACUAUUCACGGUCAUUGUUUGCAGCUGUCUGAUAUUAAGGUUGUUCGGGAUUUCAAACGUCCUGUUGGCACAACAGAAAAGGAGAUUGAUGCAAAAGGAGAUGGUGAUGUCUUGGUUAUUUUGGAUUUGCGUCCUGAUGAGUCAUUGUUUGAGGCUGGCAUUGCUCGUGAGAUUGUUAAUAGAAUCCAGAAGUUACGAAAAAAAACUGCCCUCGAACCUACAGAUGCAGUGGAGGUUUUCUUUGAAUCAUUGGACCAAGAUCAAUCAAUCUCACAACGGGUUUUGCAAUCGCAGGAACUAUACAUAAGGGAUGCUAUUGGUUCUCAAUUACUUCCUUCCAGUGUGUUACCACCAUAUGCUGUCAUUCUCGGUGAGGAGACUUUCCAUGGGAUUUCUGGCAUAUCAUUUGUAAUCAGGUUGUCACGGCCUACAGUAGCUUUCAACUCACGUGAGGUUCUUGCAUUAUAUUCAGGAAACACAAAAUUAGCAGGUGGACUUCAGACUUAUUUGUUAUCUAGGGAUCUUGCAAAUUUGAAGUCUCAGUUUCAACGUGGAAAUGGAAAGAUAACUGUUGACAGCAUUGAAAAUGUUCCUGCUGUGGAUUUGGUGCUGGGGAAGCAAGUGUUCUUGACUGUUGGAGACUUCUAUUCUAGCACAAGAUCUGAGGAAAACUGAGUCUUAUUUUCAAUUUCACUUUUACUGUUUGUUUAGCUGAGGUUCUACAAAGCUCAAAUCACAUGGUUUGUUGUUAUGAUUAAAUCUUGUACAUACGAGGGCAAUUGUUAAAUUACUGGUGUAAUUUUUUUCAUAGUUGGAAUGCCAUUCAAUUACUGCAAUAUAAUUUAUCAAGCGUUUGAAAAUUUUUAGAA